UAAUAUAGAAGUAGCCCCGUGAAAACGCACUCAACUGCAUUCGCUGUCGUAUUUUAAUUGAAUUUAAGCGGAGAGCAGCUCUCGCGUUCGUCUAGUCGCGCUUGGUCAGUCGUGAGGUGACAGUGUUGCAACUAAAAUGGAUUAUGAGCCAUCCGAAAAGAUCAUUGGUCGCUACCAUGUCAUCCGUAAAUUGAGCUGGGGCGACUACUCUACUGUUUGGCUGUGCUGGGACUUGCAGGCAAUGAGAUAUGUUGCAAUUAAAAUUUUCAAGUCGGCACCGGACUUGGCCAAGACGAUAAGGGACGAAAUAAAGAUACUCAAGACGGUGCGCGAGACCGAUCCAUCGAAUCCACGCCGUCGCAAAACCGUCCAGAUGCUGGACGACUUCAAGAUCACCGGCCUUAAUGGCACCCAUAUUUGUAUUGUGUUCGAGAUGCUGGGUGACAAUCUCCUGAAACUCAUACGGAAGUCCCCAUUACGCGGUAUUCUACUGGCCAACGUCAAAGCUAUUACCCGCCAGGUGCUGGAGGGUCUUGACUAUCUUCACACGUGCUGCCAGAUCAUCCACACGGACAUAAAGCCCGAGAAUGUCUUCCUGUGCGUGGACGAGCCUCAUGUGCGCUCACGCUCCGUGGAGAAUACAUCUUCGGCUACGAAUGGACCGCAUUCGAAUCUAACCCUGCCAACACUUCCUCCGACGAUGCAAGCAAAGCACAAGGCUAAACAGGAUCCGGCGUUAGAGGAAUGCAAUGUCAACGUAAAGAUCGCCGAUCUGAGCAAAUCUUGUUGGGUUAAUCAUCACUUGACUGAGGACAUUCAAACGCGCCAAUAUCGGUCACUAGAAGUUAUUAUCGGUGCGGGCUAUAACACCUCUGCGGAUAUCUGGAGCACUGCAUGCAUGGUAUUCGAACUGGCCACCGAUCGCUACCAUGUCAUCCGUAAAUUGAGCUGGGGCGACUACUCUACUGUUUGGCUGUGCUGGGACUUGCAGGCAAUGAGAUAUGUUGCAAUUAAAAUUUUCAAGUCGGCACCGGACUUGGCCAAGACGAUAAGGGACGAAAUAAAGAUACUCAAGACGGUGCGCGAGACCGAUCCAUCGAAUCCACGCCGUCGCAAAACCGUCCAGAUGCUGGACGACUUCAAGAUCACCGGCCUUAAUGGCACCCAUAUUUGUAUUGUGUUCGAGAUGCUGGGUGACAAUCUCCUGAAACUCAUACGGAAGUCCCCAUUACGCGGUAUUCUACUGGCCAACGUCAAAGCUAUUACCCGCCAGGUGCUGGAGGGUCUUGACUAUCUUCACACGUGCUGCCAGAUCAUCCACACGGACAUAAAGCCCGAGAAUGUCUUCCUGUGCGUGGACGAGCCUCAUGUGCGCUCACGCUCCGUGGAGAAUACAUCUUCGGCUACGAAUGGACCGCAUUCGAAUCUAACCCUGCCAACACUUCCUCCGCCGCCGCAAGCAAAGCACAAGGCUAAACAGGAUCCGGCGUUAGAGGAAUGCAAUGUCAACGUAAAGAUCGCCGAUCUGAGCAAAUCUUGUUGGGUUAAUCAUCACUUGACUGAGGACAUUCAAACGCGCCAAUAUCGGUCACUAGAAGUUAUUAUCGGUGCGGGCUAUAACACCUCUGCGGAUAUCUGGAGCACUGCAUGCAUGGUAUUCGAACUGGCCACCGGUGACUAUCUUUUUGAGCCACACUCCGGCGAAUCGUACACCCGCGACGAGGACCAAUUGGCCCACAUCAUCGAGCUGCUGGGUCCAAUACCGCGGUACAUUUUGUUAAACGGCACCUAUGCGGCGAAGUCGUUUACCCGUUCCUGCGAGCUACGAAAUAUCUCGGGCCUUAAGCCCUGGGGCCUAAUGGACGUUCUUCUGGAGAAGUACGAGUGGUCGCAAAAGGAUGCGGCGUCAUUCGCUUCGUUCCUUAAGCCCAUGCUCGAGCUCGAUCCGAACAAGCGUGCCACCGCUGCGGAGUGUCUGCAGCACCCGUGGCUUAGAUAAGAUACGAUGCAACCUGGUUGUUGGCUGCGUGCCACCCAGCCAGCAACAGCAGAUGGAGGGGGAGCUCUAGCAGGAACCGGAACAGGAAAAGGAACAAGAGCAAUAGCACUAAAAGGUGGAUCACCGGCAGUAACAGCAGACGGAGGAGUUGGCAGGGACUAUAUAGAAUCUUCGGCAUCGGUGGCUACUUUGGCUUCCAUCUCAUCAAUUGCUUCCAUAUCGGCUGCAGCGAUGGCGGCACUGAAGGACCGACAAUAUUUGGCUGCACCCUUCGUAACCACAGCCUUAGCACCACCCACUCCACAUCCCCACGCAUCCAUUUCGACAAACACGGCCAGCACCGUGCCAGCUACACCUACACGUCGUCGCAUCGCUCCCGAAAACGAUUUGGACUUGGUUGAGGACUUGGGUGUGGCACUUGCUCAAAUAGAGGACCCGCAGACACCCACCAAGAACAAAUCGCAUCGCUUUUUCUGGCGCAAGGCACUGCGACGUGUCUUCCAGCGUCGUAGGUGACGGCGUCGCCGGCUGGCGAACCCUGGCAACAUACGCAACAACCACUUUUACUUCAGCAACCACCAAAGCAUCAGCAGCCAGCCAGCAUUACAGCAGUCUCCGUGAUCCAGUUAACUCAAUUAAAUUGAAAUUAUAAUAUUGUAUUACCGCCUACACGAACACGUCCCCACGAAUCCUGUACAUAGGCUCGACAGUUCUCGAUACCAUUAUUCAUUUUUAUUUAAAGCGACGCAUAAGAGUGCGAUGGUAGAGCAUGAGCAAGUGCCGCAUAGAAACCAUAUAUGUGUUAGUGUACAUUUACCCGAGAUGCGAAU